UGUGCGCGAUGUAUCUUCCAUAUCCGGAAAUUUCAACCAUACACCACUGUAAAACAAUGGUAAAAGCGAUCAGGCAAAGCUAAACAAGUAUGAAACUGCCCUAAUUGAGUAAUUGUCCCACCGUCCUGAGCUUCCUUCCCCCUUACCUAGCCUCUCCAGGUGGAAGUAGUGCAGUAUCUGGACGACCGAGCUGACACAUUUGGGACGAUCCUUCUGCAUAUGUAUGCCAAGUAGAUCAGGAGUGACCGAAGAUCGACAAAGGUUCACGAAUUAGGCGUGGAAUGACCUGAACUCAUUGUGGUUUGGAUGGAGAGUUUGGGAGAAGUUGCUGCCUUUGCCAUCCUAGUUCAAUGUCUGGCAGCGACCGUCAUUGCAGUUCCCGUGGAGAAAUGUCAUGACCGCCGGCCCCUGGACGAACACAUCCAGCACUAUGAGGCCGUCCACUACGACCUGCAAGAGUUUGGCAAGCGGCAUAGGCGCGCUGUUGAUAGCGUUGGCCGAUCGGAGCAACGCCAAGACGUGAUGAUACACUUUCGCGCUCAUGACAGGCAUUUUCACUUACGCCUGCGGCCGGACACGUCUGACCUGACCAGCCAUGCCGAGUUCCACCUGCACACGGCCAAUGGUGUGGAGCACCCCGACGACUACGAUCCAAACUCGUUCCUCGUGGGCCGCGUAGAAGGUGAUGCUGGGUCCUUUGUCUCCGCAUUCAACGACGACGGCAUAAUGUCGGCGAAUAUACAUUGCUCCCAUGGUAGCUACUACCUGAAGCCGGCCAGGGACCACUUCAGCACGCCGCAGGCGUUCCACAGCGUCAUGUAUCGGCAAGACGACAUCUCCACGUGGCCUGUGUCCAUGCUGAAGAACGAAACGAUGCGUGCCAAGCUCGAGAAGCAAAGCCUCUGUGGGGUGAGCGGUGCCCAGCAUGAACACUUUCACGACGUCAUGAGGGAGAGCGAGGACCAGCACGUCAAGUUCUUCGCGCGCAAGAGAGAGGAGGCCGAAGCAAAGCGGCGCACCAAGAGACAGGACUCAAGCAACGGGCGUCGCUUCAAGCGGUUUGUCUGCACGCUCGCGCUGUACGCCGACUACCACUUCUUCUCGCAGCGCGCCAGCGGCAACAGGAACCGGGCGAUCUCGAUCAUGCGCCAGCACGUCAACAAAGCCAUCAACAUCUACGCGCCGACGGACUUCGACGAUGACGGCCAGGCUGACGGGUUUCUGUUCAAGAUUGGCCGCAUCACCGUGGUGACGGACGUCACCGUGGGCCCGUUUUCUGGCCCCACCAGCCAGUACCACCGGACCGGAGAGAGUGGCUCGUCCGAGUCCAUCGUGUCACGCUUCACCUACCUGCAGGUGUUCAGCGCCAUUCCCGGCCACGAGCAGUUCUGCGAGAGCAUAGCCUUCACCUAUCUAGACUUCAAGGAUGGCGUGCUGGGUCUGGCCUACCUGCAGCCGCUCGGCAUUUGCGCCGACAAAAACCAACCGCUAAGAGAACCGGUCUCUCUGAACGGUGUCACCUAUCGCAGCUACACGCCAAACUCGGCCUUUGUCACGUUCGUCAACCACGGCACCCAGCAGAACGACGGCAUCACGGAGAUCGUCUUUGGCCACGAGCUCGGCCACAACUGGGGAUCUGCGCAUGACGAUACGUACACACCGCCGUGUACUCCCGGUGCAACCGGCGCCGCUGGUAACUACAUCAUGUACAGCCGGGCCAGCGACGGCACCAAGAGCAACAACGCGCGCUUCUCGUCGUGCAGCCGCCGCAGCAUCAACCAGAUCAUCCUACGCCUGCAGAAGAUCAAGCCGGACUGCUUCUCAGAUGAUCCUACGGCGUUCUGCGGCAACAGGGUGGUGGAGGACGGAGAGGAGUGUGACUGUGGCUCAGCGGCGUGCGACGACCCGUGCUGCAACCCCUACAACACCACGGACAGGUCGGGCAACUGCAAGAUCAACCGCGCCGCUGGCAGCGAGUGCAGUCCGAACAAGGGCGAGUGCUGCACGGCGCAGUGCAAACUUAUUGGCACUCAGCAACCGACGCAGGCCAGCGAACCUGCUGCUGAAGAGAUGCAGGACACAAGCAACACCAGCAAUUCGUUGGCGGUCAAGUGCGGCUCGCCGGACAGCUGUCAGGUGCAGCCAGUAUGCACUGGCAAGAGUGCGCAGUGUCCCAUGCCGCAGAACAAACCGGAUAACUCGCUGUGCACGCCGCUCGGCGUGUUGUCCACCGGCACGCGUCGCUUCCGCCAGGCCUGCCUGAACGGCUUCUGCAGCGAGUCGGCGUGCGCCGCGGCGGGCCUCAGCAGCUGCUCGUGCGGCACCACCUCCUGCGAGCUGUGCUGCAGGGUGGGCGAGCGCUGCGUCAACACAAACCUAGAAAUGGUGGUGGGGGCCAACGGAGUGGAGCUUGACAAGGUACACCUCGCACCUGGUUAUGCCUGCAACAACUUCAACGGACAGUGCGACAGCAAGGGCGUCUGCCGCGACAUUGAUCUCAACACGGCCCUGAACGGCGUCAACAACCUUUUCACCAAGCAAGCACUGAAUGUGAUUGCUGCUUGGUUGAAGGACAACUGGUUCUGGGUGAUCAUCAUCAUCGUCGUCGUCGCCCUCAUCGCCGUCGCCGUGCACUUCACCUACAAAUGGAAGAAGAAGCACGACUGGACCGAGGGCAAGCAGUUCGCCAAGACCGCCACCAUGCGCCUCGGCAAGUCGCUGCGCGGCCCGGCCGGCAGCAGGAAAAGGCCUGGCACCGAGAGCAACGAGCUGUAUGAUAGCCGGAACUGUGCGCGCCGAAUGCGUAGAAUGUUUCCCACCGCCGGCUACGACAUUCUGAUAAGCAACGCCAAGGACGUGGAGAGCGAGGAGGCGGCCGUCACGAAAAUGCUGGACCAGGGCUUCAAGAUGGUGAGGUGGUAGGCAAGCCAUGGCAGUCGGUCCUGUGCGUGUGCAGAUAAACAAGCCGGCUCGCACCCGUUAGCCAGCCGAUUCUUCUGCUCCGACUAACACCGGCCAGCGGCUGUCUCAAGCAUGCAGACGGGCCUUGGCCCGCUGCUUGCGACAUCGCCGAGUCUAACCCCGCUAACAUCUAACCCUGCCGCAAGCGUGUGCCAUCAUGGAGUGAGACGUUAAAGAGAAAAAAAGAGAAUCAACCAAUGACAUGUACACACACACUCACACAGCCGAGUAGGGUGGUGCAGUGCAGUCGCGGAUGCAUGCCCUCGACGUAGCUCUGGCCUUGAGCGGCGGCUCUUCGCACCCGCAAUGUAUGCGACAGGCGCAUGCCUGUGCGCAUCGCUUUAAUCUUUGUUCAAUUUGUCAUAAAGGACGGAUGUCACGUCUUCACGGAAUACCCUUCUUUGUCUUUCUAAAGUUGUACAUCAAAAUUAUGGUUUGACGUCCCUGCGUGGGUCUGCCAGCAGUUUCUAUGUUUGUAUCAUUUUGAGUAUAAAAUUUGCCAUUUUUAUUAUUUCUUUGGAAAAAUUUGCCAAGCAAUUUGUUUUAACCUACUUCAGGUGGUUCACAUCAACGUUGCAAGAUGUGCACGGAUGAAGUGGUCACUUUUCGCCCUUCUUUAGCAACGUCUAUUAAAGGACGCCACGGAAUGAAAACUGCACUUGAUUUUAGUCAUUUUACCCAUGGACGUGGGUAGUGCAAUUUUAUUUAUAACUUUUAAAGGAGAGUUUUUCAUGUCAGUCGCUACACCCAUCUCGUAGAGUUUCUUGGUGGAAAUGUGGAAUUAUACGUGUAUUUAUUAUACUUUGACAAUCUUGCUUGAUUUUGCCCAUGCUUGCCAGCUGUGUUGUAUUGCUGGUUGUACCCAGGCUCCAGGCCAUUCAGCGCCUGUUUACCUCGAAGCACUGUGUUUCUCAGGUCGUCGAUAAAGAUCACGAAAUAUUGUGCAUGGAUUAGCGUUGCGUGAGAGUCAGUCGG